UUGGUAUUUAUGUCGAAAUCGUCAUUUAGUUUUUGUGCGCUGGAAUCUUAAAUAGUGUUUGCCAUAACCAGACAGGCAAUCUCUACUUACGCGCACGUGUGUUUGUGUGUUGUUCGCUUCUUUAAAUUGAAGUUUUAGCAGUUCUGAUUCGAAAUUAACCCUAUCAACAUUAUAUACUCUGUAAAAUGUUGAGAAAAGCAGUAUGUAAUUUGUCAAGACGACGUGAGUUUUUGGUUGCUUUAAAUACUGCUGGUAAAUCUUCAUGUAAAUGUUUUUCUACUACAAACGCUGUCAAGGCAAUUUACCCAGACACCUAUGCCGAUCCAAGACCUGACAGGAAAAGCUAUUUUGACGAGUCGGACACAGAGCAAGACAACUUAGCCACUAAAAUGGUUAAAGCUGCACCUAACACCUUUACAUACUCUGUUUUUUAUGACCCUGUUCUGUACAAAUUUGAGAAAAUGAUACUCAAAAAAGGGAAAGGCGCCUUGGCUAAGAAAAUUCUUCAAGACGCUUUAACAAACAUUAAAAUUGCUCAACUAAAAAAGUACCAUGCAGCAAGUCCAGAAGAGAAAGAAUCUAUAGAAGUUGACCCUUUGGUCGUCUUUCAUACUGCAAUAGAAAAUGCUUCACCAAUUCUAGGACUUACACGUGUGAAAAAAGGUUCAAUGACAUACCAGAUACCACACGUACUGUCAGAUGAAAAGCGACUUUUUCUUGUAAGCACUUGGAUGCUAAAGUACAUUCGUUCAAACCGCCCAAAAAAUGAGGCUGGUAUAAGAAUUGGAAACGAACUGUUGGCUGCUUAUAAUAAUCAAGGCACAACUGUGAAACGGAAACAAGCCCUUCACAAAAGUGCUGAGGCAAACAGAGCUUAUAUAAAUAUAAGGGCCUAGAUGGCAAACUUACUCUAUAAUCCAUGCAACUAAUAAAUUCCAUUUUUUUCUAAAUUUUACUCAGUUUUUAUGUCACUUCUCUUCUGGUAUCACAACUUAUGUAUUGGUAUGUGUCAUAAAUGCUCACUUACUAUCAUAUUUUGAAACACUAGUUGAUUAUUUAACAG